AUGGCCGGUGCACCCCGUGCCACCAGUGUCACCAGUGUGAGCCACCAGUGCCUCCAGCGUGAGCGUGAGCACCAGUGCCGCCAGUGCCACCAGUGCGAGCACGACCAGCGGUGCCACCAGUGUCACCAGUGCACCCGUAACGGCCAGUGCCCCAGUACCACCAGUCUCACCAGUGUGAGCAUAAGCAUCAGUGCCCCCAGUGUCAGCAGUGCACCCAUGAUGACCAGUGCCCCCAGCGUGAGCACGACCACCACUGCCAGCAGUGUCACCAGUGCCCCCAGGAUGACCGGUGCACCCAGCGUGAGCAUGACCACCAGUGCCCCAGUACCGCCAGGGCUCCCCAGUGCCACCAGCAGCACCAGCACCACCAGUGUCGCCAGUGCACCCAUGACGACCAGUGCCCCAGUGCCACCGGUGCUCACCAGUGCCCCCAGUGUGAGCACGAGCACCGGUCUCCCCAGUGCCACCAGUGCACCCAUGACAACCCGUGUCACCAGUGCACCCAUGACCACCAGUGCCCCAGUGCCACCAGUUCUCACCAGUGCCCCCAGCAGCACCAGUGCCCCCUGUGUGAGCACGAGCACCAGUGUCACCAGUCUCACCAGCACCACCAGUGUCACCAGUGUGAGCACAAGCACCAGUCUCGCCAGUGCCACCAGUGCACCCAUGACCUCCAGUGUCACCAGUGUGAGCAUGACCACCGGUGCCAGCAGUGCCCCCAGUGUCACCAGUGCACCCAUGACGACCAGUGUGAGCACGAGCACCAGUGUCACCAGCGUGAGCAUGAGCACCAGUGCCCGCAGUGCACCCAUGAGCACCAGUGCCCCCAGUGUGAGCACGAGCAGCAGUGUCACCAGUGUGAGCAUGGCCACCAGUCUCCCCAGUGCCACCAGUGUGAGCACGAGCACCAGUCUCCCCAGUGUCACCAGUGCACCCAGGAGCACCAGUGUCACCAGUGUGAGCACGAGCAGCAGUGUCACCAGUGUGAGCACGAGCACCAGUCUCCCCAGUGUCACCAGUGCACCCAGGAGCACCAGUGCCCCCAGUGUGACCAUGACCCCCAGUGCACCCAUGACCACCAGUCUCCCCAGUGCCACCAGCGCACCCAGGAGCACCAGUGCCACCAGUGUGAGCACGAGCAGCAGCCUCCCCAGUGUCACCAGUGUGAGCAUGGCCACCAGUGUCACCAGUGCCACCAGCGCACCCAGGAGCAGCGGUGCCCCCAGUGUGAGCACGAGCAGCAGCCUCCCCAGUGUCACCAGUGUGAGCACGAGCAGCAGUGCCACCAGUGCCACCAGCGCACCCAGGAGCAGCGGUGCCCCCAGUGUGAGCACGAGCAGCAGUGUCACCAGUGUGAGCAUGGCCACCAGUCUCCCCAGUGCCCCCAGU